CAUGUUUUCCAGAAUCUGUCUAAGUUGUCGGAUUUUGCAGGUGAACUCUAAAAAUUAUCCGGGUGCUUUAUAUAGACUUCAAGAUGCAUCAUUCAACACAGAUUCUACUCUUCAAUCUCAAAGGAAUACACACAAAAGAUUUAGAAUUCUUAGACGACUGAAAAUCAUGGGCCCACCUCGGAAAGACUUUCCAAAUUUUGAGGAGAUGCGUGAGAAGCAGAAAAUGACACCAGCUGAACAGAGACAGGACAUGAAGAAAGAUGGUAGAAUGCCACCAAGGUCAGACAGAGUGCGGCCCAUCAAUAUAUCAUGUACAGGAGUGAUUAUAGAUCAAUAUGUGCCACCUGAGGGGGAUGGGAAAAUGUCCUCAAUAUCAGGGGAGGGAGCCAAGCAGAGGCUGAAAGAAUUUGGCAAAAAGGGACAGUCUUAUAUGCAGUUGCGGAAAAUUAAGCAGUUUGAUGAAGACUUUGAAGUGAAAGAGUUUGCUCAGACAGCCCAGGAAAUGUAUAUAGAGGCUCAGAACCUUCUGCAAGAUGUUGAGAAGAAUGAAGACAAACUACAUGAGCUUUGUAGUGAAAAGGCAUACCCUGAAAUGACAUAUAUGCUGGAAGAAAAAACAUUCAGGUGGCGAUUUUUAGAGUCGGUGGAGCCCCCUAGGGUUGUCUAUGUGCGCACCCAGGAUAUGAUGUCUAAAGAGAAUCAGUAUGCACAAGUCACAGUCAGGAUGCAUUUAAAACAGACACUUGCUGUGUAUGACAGGUUUGGUCGGCGGAUGUAUGGAAGUGAGAACAUUGCCAGAGACAUGGUCGAGUAUAUUGUCUUUGAGAAACAUUUAUCAAACCUUUAUGGAAUUUGGCGAGUACAUGGGAAAAUUGUACCAGAUUGGAUGCCAGUGAGUGAACCUGUGAUAAGGACAUAUAGGAAGAAAGAAUUUGAGGAGAUAGUUGAAGAAACUGAAGACUCCACUGAUAAAGAAGUGGUCUCAAAGGAUGAUAAUCCAACUGUAGCCACUGCUUGAUUGAAAUAUUCUAAAGUGAAGAAAGUACCCAAUUUUGCAAGCAAUUCUGAAGCAUUUAUUAUAGUAUUCAUGUACAAUGAUAUUCAUGGACUCAAAGGAUUAUUCACAUAUAAUAUGUCUGAAUAGCAGAAUGGGAAUAUGAAGAUUCCUUUGUAUGGUCCUUGUACAUGUAUUUGAAUGAGCGCCAGAUGAAGGUGUUGGGUGUCCUUGUACUGCCACAAAGAAUAAAAAUAGUUUACA